AUGUUCGUAGAAGCAUUGUGCGUCUGGUGCCUAGACCGCUUCAGCAUAAUUACAGAGUCUACGGGGCUGGAGGACGUGGACGGACUCGUACCAUUCUGGGUGAUCUUGGAGACCUUGUUGAAAAAUCCGGUGUCAAUCCCAACUCAGUUGAUCGAGUUGCUGGAUACAAUAGCAGUCUCACUGAGGCAAAGCUCUGGACCUGCAGGAGAUUUCGGGCUCCUCAGGGACUUCCUUUCUUCUCAUCAUGAGGUGUUCUUUGGAGAAUGUUGGCCGUCAAUCGUCGAGGCAGCUCUGGAGAUGCCGCUCCUGUUCCCGCAAGGUCGCUUGCCACUUCUCCAAAGGGGAGUAUCCACGCAACACUUGUCUCUGACGAAGAAACAAGUUUCUUGUCUUGUUGCGCACCAAUUCCUGUGCACGCUACCCCAGCCUCAGUGGCGAGAUGAAUGCUACGAUUUCAGUAUAUGGUACAGCAAUCACCAAAGACACCCACAGGCCUGCAGGAUCUACCUGACGUCGAUAAUGGAGUAUUUCAAGACACUUCGAGAUGACAUAGUCCUAUCUCUAUCUUUGAGCGAGAACUGGGAAGUCUCCUAUCACCUCCAUGCAGGAGCUUCGUUGGAGCUGCCGCGACUUGACUGCAGGUUGUGUCCUGUGGAGGUGGCACUGGUGGAUAACUACGACACAACUCCUGACUCUCUUGGUCUACCUGAUGGCGCUGCUGUUGUUUCGGCUAAUAAGUUCAUCGGUUUCGGUCAAUCGGCAACCCAAGAAGAGAUUCAUGUCGGUGUCACACCCGAAGCCUGUCCUGCUGUUCUGUUCACUCCUCCGCUGGAAGAUGAUCAGAUUCUGGUUGUGAAAGGGGCGAGCGCAAUACUGAAUGUAGUGGGACAACGUCGAAACUUGUGGAUCGGAGAAAUCCUACCCAGGCAACUAGACGCGAGUAUAUGGCAGGAGAGGGCAAUGCUCUUCAUGGACGCGCUGGAGCUUGACUUGGCGUCGGACGAAGACGGCUUGCCGGAUCUCAGAUCUGAGUGCAUCGACAGGGAGCUACGCAAGGCCUACCUUUCAUUCUACUCCGGCCGAUACCACAAUGUAAUCAGUCCUUUCUGGGGCUGUGGUGCUUUCGGUGGCGACCCAGGCGUCAAAAUGCUCCUUUUAUGGUGCGCAGCAUCCUUAGCGCAAACGAGCCUAAAGAUUGUAUGCGAUGAGCAGUUACAUGGGACAGGAAGAGACCUGAUGAAGGCCAUUGGGAUCCUUCGAGAGCAAUGUGGAACGGUAGAUGGGGUGCUUAGGGUGGUAAGAUCGAUGCCAAAGCAUCUAAAGCGGCUCGAGACGCUCUCCUGGAUCAUCAGUGAGUGGACCUCAUAA